UUAGUAGGACGACCUACGAUAAUGUUCGUGCCGGCGUUCUUCAGUUUUUGAUUUAUUUUAUUUAUUUAAAAUAUUUUGUUUGUUUAAAAAGUUAUGUUUAUUGUUAACGUAGUGUUUAGUUUUAUAAAAUGUACCAUUAAGUCGUUUAGCUGGAAGAAAACAUCAUCAACUUUAGUGAAACAGAUUCGGCAAAUGGUGUUGAAUCCAUAACUCAAUAACUAAGUCCCGUUUUCACCAACACUAAGAAACUAAAAUGUCCUGUUGCAAAAAUCUUUCACCGCACUCAUCAAUCUCAAGAUCAGACUCGCCAUCCUCUUCGGAUCCACCAGAUAUGGAAAACUUUAUCUCCAACAUUAUAGCGAAUGCUACACUCGAUGAUUCGUCGGUAUGUGGAAACUGCGAAGAAGGAACCUCAGCAUUUUCCAAAUGUAUCGACUGCAACGAGAUGCUAUGCGAUGCAUGCGUUCUGGCACACAAACGUGUUCGCCUGACCAAAGACCAUCGCAUCACCAACAACAAAGCUCCAUCUUCGAUGGCGUACGUCCAACAACAGCUAAUGAGUUCCCUGGGUUCUUUGGGAUCGUCACCGCACAGUGGAAAUCCAUCGCCGCCGUGCAACACAUAUUUAAGCCUGUGCGAAAAUCACAGGGAGCCGCACAGGCUGUUUUGCCAAACAUGUCAGAUGCCGUCGUGUAGCGAAUGCCUUUUGGAAGAACAUUCCAAUCAUCAGGUCGUCUACAUUGAAGACAUGAUUGAACAGGCGAAAGAGAUGAGCAUGAAACUGAUUAAAGAAAGUAGACAAUCUAUACUCAAAAUACGCGAAUCAGUUGACAAUGUUCAAAAGAUGAACGAAAGCGUGGAAGUCCGUUCCCAUCAAUUGGCGAACGACAUUCGUUCAUGCACAAGAAGACUAACAUCGGCCAUAGAAGAACGAGAAGCCGACCUGCUCAAAAAAGUUGAUCAAAUUAGACAGUACAAAGGAAAAAUGCUAAUGGCGCAACAGGAAAAUUUACGUGUAGCACUCGGAAAAUUGGCGCGUACUUCAGACUUACUUACCGAUUCAAUUGAGUCCUCCCAAAACGCGUACGAUUUAAUGUUGGCCAACGACAGAGCCGAAAGGGAACUGAAACAAUUUCGACCGUUGGGAUCCGAGUUACUCCCUUGUGAAGACGACAGCAUGGUAUUCUUACCGCCUGAGUCUGUAUUCUUACGUGCAAUCUCGCAAUUUGGAAGCAUUAAUCCGAGUCUGUCGUCGCGACUGUUCCGUCCAAUCUCGAGAAAUAACAUGCUGUCAUGUUCGGUAAAUAACAGCAAUACGUUUUCCGUUUUCCCUCCUAGUCCGGAGUACUCCGAUGACUUAGACUUCGGACAAACUUUAAAUUAUAGAAAUCGUCCAGUUUUUGGUGCUAAACAUAUGGUCACAGUUAGAGACUCGGGACCAGUUCCUUCUUUGACGUUCGGCGGAGAAGGGGAAGGUGACGGCCAACUGUGCCGUCCGUGGGGAAUAUGUUGCAAUAAUCUGAACCAGAUCAUCGUUGCUGACCGCAGCAAUAAUCGUGUUCAGGUGUUUAAUACGUCAGGGUGCUUUUUGUUUAAAUUCGGCACACAAGGUAGUGCCCCCGGACAAUUUGAUCGUCCCGCUGGAGUUGCCGUUAACACGCACAAUGAUAUCGUUGUCGCUGACAAGGAUAAUCACAGAAUCCAGGUGUUUAAAAGUGACGGGACAUUUAUUCACACUUUUGGUGAAAAGGGUGUACGAAAUGGACAAUUUAAUUAUCCAUGGGAUGUUGCCUGCAAUUCUCUAAAUCAGAUUGUUGUAUCCGAUACACGUAACCAUCGUAUACAGCUUUUCAGCAGUGACGGUUGUUACAUUACAAAAUACGGUUUUGAAGGUAGUUCCCAAAUGUGGAAACACUUCGACUCCCCUCGAGGCGUUGCGUUUACUCCGCAAGGUGGUGUGAUCGUGACAGAUUUCAAUAACCAUCGGCUGGUGGUUGUGGAACCUAAUUUCCAAAAUGCCCAAUUUUUAGGACAAGAGGGGGCCAGUUUUAAACAAUUUUUACGCCCACAGGGUUUGAUAUGUGAUGACGAAGGAAGAAUAGUUGUGGCUGAUUCUAGAAAUAACCGCAUACAAGUCUUUGAAAGAAGUGGUUCGUUCUUAUUUAAGAUUGGACAGCUGGGUAAAAACCCAGGCGAAAUGGAUAGACCUAGCGGCAUUGCUUUGACACCUGAAGGUCGCAUAGCUGUGGUUGAUUUUGGCAAUAACAGAGUGCAAGUGUUUUAAUUUAUGAUGGCUAGGCCUCGUAUUUGUUUUAAAUGGUUAAGAAUUUAAGCAAAAUUAUCGUAUACCCUAAUUUAAGAUUAUAAAUGUUGAACUGGUCUUAACUUAUCGGUUUAUAAUGAAAUUAAUUAGUUACCUUAUGCAAUAAUAACAAUCUAGAAGACUGAAACUUAAGACUGAUAGUGGAGAUUUAGUAAAUAAUAAAUGCAAUGCUGUGUUCCUGCAUUAAAUGCUCAUAUCCAAAAAUGAAGAUCGUAUUAUGAUAUACAUCAUAUUUUAUUUUUUAAAAAUGAAUAUGAAUACAUAGUUUUUAAUGCGGUGUAAUUUUAGUGCAACAAUUUUUAAUUACACGUUAUUGUGAUUUUAACUCAAUAAACUAAAUAGUAGAAAAGACA